CACUGACAUUUGCCAAGGGCUCAGAUGCGCCAGGAUUUCGGGAGCCAUCACGAAUCACCCGCCGCACUGCGCUGGGAACACCGGGCCGGAGCGGGAUGGACGACACCAAACCCCUGAAGGUCCGGCUGACGUUCUCUGUGAUCCUGGUUGGCAUCUCCCUCCUGUUUGCAGCCGUAGUGACUGACCACUGGGCCGUGCUCAGCCCCAAGGUGGAGAAAUAUAACGCCACCUGCGAAGCAGCUCAUUUCGGGCUAUGGCGACUCUGUACAAAGAGGAUUUUUAUGCAGGAGCAAGGUCCCAAAGAGAAGGGCUGUGGGCCGAUUACCCUGCCAGGAGAACACAACUGCUCCUACUUCAAGCACUUCACACCAGGACAGAGCUCAGAGAUAUUUGAAGUAACCACCCAGAAAGAAUACAGCAUUUCAGCUGCAGCCAUUGCCAUCUUCAGCGUUGGCUUUGCAAUCAUCGGAACAGUCUGCGUCCUCUUAUCCUUUGGGAAGAAGAGGGAUUAUCUGCUGAAGCCAGCAUCCAUGUUCUACACCUUCGCAGGUCUCUGCAUCAUCAUCUCUGUUGAAGUCAUGAGACAGUCGGUGAAAAGGAUGAUCGACAGCAAGGAGACAGUCUGGAUGGAGUACAGCUACUCCUGGUCCUUCGCCUGUGCCUGCUCCUCCUUCGUCCUGCUCUUCAUCUGUGGCAUUGCCCUCCUCCUGAUCGCGCUGCCUCGCUUCCCCCAGAACCCCUGGGAGACCUGCAUGGAUGCCGAACCGGAGCACUGAUGUUCCCAGCACCCAUGAAGAAAACCAGAAAGUGUUUUGAAAAGAUUUGUGUUUUUCAAAAUGUCUGGGUCUCAUUAUACAAUGUGCACUCCAUUAACUAAGCCCUUACUGAACCAAGGCACAUUCAAUUGUAAUUAUUGCUUUGUUUCUUCUUUUUUUUUAAGGAAGCAGGAAGGUGCGGGUGAAUGGCACUGCUCUGUGCCAACCUGGGGAUGCCUUGGUCUGAUGAAGUUGGGAGGAAACCUAGGGACGAGACAGCUCAUGCCACAGAGAAGACAGCUUUUUUAGGGAGAAGAUAUUUGGUGUCCUUGGGGUUAAAGAGCAGAUCCAUAUCCAUGAGGGAAAUCGGACUUUUACACCUCACCUGGUCAGAGAGAGACAGUGAGAAAUUCCAGCUCCGUGGGGUGUCUCUUUUGCCAUUCAUGCCAUCCUCCACUACCUCCCCAAGAAGGGCUAGCUCACCCCUUUGAAAUCCUAUUAAACAGUUAAAAUUAUAAAGUAAAUUAAAAACUAAACCAACAAACAAAACCACCAAACCCAACUUUGCCUAGCAUAGGGAUAAAAAUUUCUCCUACAAAUUUGCACUCUGCAGUCCCAUUCUUCUGAAUUAAGCACAAAAAACCUGCAAGACAGUUUUUGUUCUUCUUACUUUGAUGGCAAAGC